AUGAACAACACCAAAAACCUGAGGUACCCUCACCCACUCCUAGAACCUCCAAAGGAAGCUUUCACCAUCCUUCUACCCCAUGAAAAACUCUCUGUACUUGAUUUCCUUGCCUUCAAACUGCCCACACAAACACGUUGUACUCACACCAAUUGUGGCACCACCACAACAAUGGAGACGCUUUGCAAAUAUGAUGACAGUUGUACACUUUUAGAGAAAGAGAAAGAAAUAAAAAUGACGGUGUUCAAAUUAGACCAAACAACGCGCAUCGCAAAUCUGUGGCACCUCUCUGAUGAGCUCCCCUCUGACCCAUCACCUCAGGCUGAACCAGAAAAGACACAGAAGAGAGACUGUCCUCCCAAGGAACAGCCAGAAAAAGCCUUAUUAGCUAUAUAUCCCCAGGAUGAGAUGAAGAAGCCUGACAAAAGACGAAAAGAUGUAGCAGCACUCCUCAAAAUUGCACAAGGCCUGGAUUGGGAUGAAGUGAAGGUCAAGAUUACUGAGAAGCUCGCUGAACGUCUCAAGCUUAAGAAACCUGAUCUCUCAGACUACAAACUCACAUUCUCGGUACCUCAGCAUCAAACAUCUCCAAUCCCACUUGUGAAUGAAGAUGACUUCGACAACCUAUGUGAAGUAGCCAUCAAGUGCAAGGACCCUCAAGCGAAGGUUAUUAUCGAGGCUAUUCUCAAGAAGGCGUCAGAUGAGCGCAUAUAUGCAGUGUUAGAUGACAAUACCUUGAUCAAGAAAGGGACGGGGAAAGAAAACAAUGUUGGCAGUGACAAUGAAGAUGAUGGGACCGACGACGACAGUGCCAACAGGCCAAAGAAGAAAAGAAAGGCAAGAACUGGUGAAGAAUCCACCCCUGUGACUGUAAAACAACCUCCAAACCAUCGUGCUUUUGAUGGUUUGCAUGACAACCAAAUGGCUGUGAAAUCACCUCUCCUUCAGCAACAUUUAUCCGAUCGUGACAAGAACACAUCCAGUGCUCCAACCAUCAACUUCAACAUACCACCUGAGCUCCUUGGGUUCCUUCGUCCCCCAGCACCUGAGAAUGCGGCCAACAUGGUAGCACUGCCACACAGAGACCAGAGAACACAUACCAUCAAGUACAUUGUGGUCUCCGAGCUGAAAGAAAUGGGGUUCAUGAAUGGCAAGAUCGCGGCGAUGAAGGAUGCUGUCGAACAAUGGUCUCGUCAAGGGACCCUCAGGCCCCUAUCGUCUCCGCCAAACAUCGCUGUCACAACCGCGUUACAACACGUGACAGAUGACAUCACCGGCACGUGA